CACACAUCCGGGAAAUUUGUGACUCUCCCAAAAUGGCGGCUUCGGAAGGGGGUGGAAGGGACGAAGUCAAGACCCAGUUUGGGACUCGGGAGGGCACGUAUAAAUUGAUGACUUUGUCUGAAUAUUCCUGGCCGUCUAGAGCUCCAUAUAAUGUCCAGUGCUGCCACCCAGUUCGAGUGUCAUUCACGAGUGUGGAGGAUGGAUCAGGGUGCAAUGACAAAAUCUGUUUCAAUGUGGGCCGGGAACUUUAUUUUUACCCGUACAAAGGUGUACGGAAGGCUGCCGAUUUGACCAAACCCCUGGAUAAGAGGACCUACAAAGGUGGCACCUUGCCCACCUGCCAUGCAAUCAAUCAGUUCACAGCCAGCGCUCAGAGCAUCUCCUUAUUGGUUGGCUUCUCGGCUGGCCAGGUGCAGCUGAUAGAUCCUAUACGCAAGGACAUCAGUAAGAUUUACAAUGAGGAGAGGCUUAUCGACAAGACAAAGGUUACCUGCUUGUCCUGGGUACCAGGAACGGAGCACAUGUUCCUAGCGGCCCACUCCAGUGGCCAGAUGUACCUGUACAACGAAGGGCUUCCCCCUGUGAACACACCACCCCAUUACCAGCUCCUCAAGCAAGGAGACGGCUACCAAGUCCACACCUGCAAGAGCAAGUCCACGCGCAACCCCGUCUUUAGGUGGGUUCUGGGGGAGGGCGCCCUCAACGAGUUUGCCUUCUCGUCAGAUGCCAGGUACAUUGCUUGCGUGUCGCAGGACGGAUUCCUAAGAGUCUUUGAUUAUGACACCAUGGACCUGCAUGGCAGUAUGAAGAGCUACUUCGGGGGACUAUCGUGUGUGUGUUGGAGCCCCGAUGAUAAGUAUAUCGUGGUUGGCGGUGAGGAUGAUCUAGUGACAGUGUGGUCGUUUCAUGAAAAGAAAGUGGUGGCCCGCGGUCAUGGCCACGGCUCGUGGAUCAGUGUGGUAAACUUUGACCCCUUCACCACCGCCGUGCUGCAAAACGAAGCAGCGUUGUACGGCAGCGACGAUGACUUCAGUGGGAUGAACAGCCGGGAGCGGACAUACAGCACCCACUCAAGAACUUCUAUCAUCAGCGGGGAGAACAGUGUCCCGCAGGUGUCGUACCGCUUCGGAUCCGUUGGGCAGGACACCCACCUCUGUCUAUGGGAGUUUACGGAGGACACCCUACGCAUGUUCCAGCCUCCGAUACGGGUACGGACCAACACCGCGCUGUCGGUGGGACAGACGUCCAUGUCACAGUCUAACAACAUCGCCUCUCAUAAAUCCAUCGGAAAUGCCACAGGGCACCAUACAGAGACCGGCAGCAUCAGCAGCAAGUUCUCCAACCUGUCGCUGUCGGACAAACACAAGGACAAACACAAGAAGGACAGUGUGAGCAGCAAGAGCAGCGUCCACUCCCACGGCAGCAAGAUGCACCUGCGAUUACUAGCGGAGGAGAGCUACCGCGUGGGCAGCCAGGCCUGCCCACGGCUGGACGAGGUCUUGAUGCUGGAGCCCCUAGUGGCCAAGAAGAUUGCCCAGGAGCGACUGACUGCCUUGGUCUUCAGGGAGGACUGUAUAGUCACAGCCUGCCAAGAGGGCUUUGUUAGUACGUGGGCACGGCCGGGGAAAGUGGGAGUUGUACAUUCAGCGACGGGCGGGACGGUUGUAUGAAGCAGCUAGACACACAUGUAGGUACUUCAAGUUUAAUACAGAGACAGUUUUGUCGACAAAGCAUCAAGGGAGGAAGAACCAGGCACUGAAGCCUGGUAGACAGACGGAUGACCCAUGAGACAACAAAACUUCAGGACGUGAGAGGAAAUUCAGCAGGCAACAAAAACCACCAUCAGAUAGAUAUGCAAACAGUAACAGAGUCAUUAAAAUAUCCUGGAUGAUUUGCCGACAGGUUUAACCGCAACAGGCCAACUGUUUCGGGUAUGAAUUGCAAAAUUCUCCUUGCAAUGAAGUUAUUGGCAUUAUUUGGAUGCCGAUAACUUCAUUUCGGUAAAAAUUCUACCAUUGCGGAUAAAUUGUUCAAAAGUUAUCCCAGAUGUUUAAGGGAAGAAUGCAAAAUUAAGCAAGGGGUAACUCCAGGUUUUACCCUGAGGUACCCCACAAAACCCUGUUGAACGUGGUAAAACAUUGAGGUAAACCUCAAGGUUUAACCCUGACGUAACCCACAAAACCCUGUUAAACCUCAU